AUGUACCGACAAUCCAUCACCAGAGCUGUUCGCCCAGCAUUGCGUUCAUCCCUCCAAUCCCGAGCUGCAUUCUCAACCUCCAUCAGAGCCAUGGCUGGUGGUGAUACCGGAGCUCCACGAACGGGUGGAGUUGCUACUGGAGACGCAUUCACGAAGAGAGAGAAGGCCAAUGAGGACUAUGCUAUCCGUCUGCGUGAGAAGGAAAAGCUCUUGGAGCUGAGAAAGAAGAUUGCCGAGCAACGCGAACACUUGGACAAGCUCUCGGAACACAUUGAGGAGAUGGCCAAGGAGCAAGGUGGCGAGCAGAAGUAA